AAACGCCAACACCAUGCCCCCCACCCUCAAGCGCCCAAGCUGGACUCAGAAUGGCCUCCUCGUUUCCCCUCCUCCUCAUCUCCUCCCUCCUUAUCCUACUCCAGCGCUCAGCCUCCCAGCCCAUGACCCUCACCCUGGUCAACAACUGCCCCUUCACGAUCUGCCCCGCGAUCCAGCCCAACUCCGGCCACGUCCUCGAGCGCGGCGGCCUCUGCCUCCAGACCCUGACCCACAAGUCCUUCCCGCGCCCACCAGCCACUGUCGGCGGCCGCAUCUGGGCCGGCACCGCUGCACCCACACCGCACCCGCUCACCUGCGCCACGGGCGACUGCGGGUCCCGCCUCGAGUGCAACGGCCUGGGCGCUCCCCGCCCGCCACGUCUGGCGCAGAUCACCCUCCACCACGGCGCGGGCCACCCACUUCACGUCUACUCCGUCAGCCUCGUCGACGGUUCAAAGCCGAUGACGGUUACCCCCCACGAAGGCAAAGGUAACUGCCCGGUCGUCGGCUGCAGGGAGAACCUGCUCGCCACGUGCCCCGACGUCCUCCAGCUGAGGGGCCCACACGGCGUGAUUGGGUGUAAAAGUGGGUGCGAGGCGUUCGGGACGGACGAGCUCUGCUGCAGGAACAUGUAUAACAGCGCGAAGACGUGCAGGGCGUCGACUUAUUCCGAAUUUUUCAAGCACAAGUGUCCGGCGACUUUUACCUACGCGCACGAUAGCCCGAGCCUGACUCACGAGUGCGAGAGCCCGAAAGAGCUCAAGGUUAUAUUUUGUCACUGAUCGAGCUCAGGUUGGGGGUUAAUUGAGCUUUUGUGUGUUGGUGUGGUUGUUUGAUGGCUCAGAUGCAAACUUAAUUGUAAUGGCGAAUGCUUUGAUGGUGUUUAAUUAAUGUAGUUUUCCCUUCUAUUUUUCUUC